AUGGCCAUCCUCACUGAAUUACCAGAAGAACAAGAAGCGGCAAUAACAUAUGAUGUUUUCCUGAGUUUCAGAGGGAAAGACACUCGUCUGGGUUUUAUGGAUCACCUCUACCAAGCUUUGGUGAAUGAAAACAUCUCUACCUUUCUUGAUGAGGAAGAGGUUGAAACUGGGGAAGAACUUAAACCCGAGCUUGCAAGAGCUAUAAAAAGCUCUCGUGCUUCCAUAAUUGUGUUAUCCAAGAACUACGCAUCUUCAACAUGGUGUCUGGACGAGCUCGUGAUGAUCCUUGAGCAACGAAGGGUCUCUGAUCAUACUGUUCUCCCUGUUUUUUACAACGUCGAGGCGACACAUAUCAGGAAGCAAGAAAACACUUUUGGAGAAGCGUUGUUUGAACACAAACAGAGGAUUGAGUCCGAAAAGGAUGUGGAGAAGAAAAUUCAAGGUGCUCGUAAGUUGGAGAUGUGGACGAAAGGACUUACAGAAGUUGCUGAUCUGAAAGGAAAGGAUGCAACUGGAAGACGAGAGACUGUAUUCAUUGACGAACUUGUUAAGGAAAUUAGUAGUAGACUGGAACUACACACACGGACUAAAAUCCCCCAUCUAAUUGGGGUGGACAUGUCUAUUCUUACCAUAAGUUCCUGGUUGAAAGGAGGAUCAUCAUCAAAAUCUGCUGAAAUUCUCACAAUAUGGGGAAUGGCGGGGAUCGGAAAGACAACUUUGGCAAAAUAUAUCUAUAGGUUGCACUGCCAUGAAUUUGAAAGAAGUAGCUUUGUUGAAGAGAUCGAAAGAAAAUGUGCAGAACAAACAUAUGCACUACUUGAUUUACAAAAACAGCUUCUUAGAGAUCUUCUUAGGAAAAGAAAUAUUGAAGAACAUGAUGUAGAUGUGUGCACAUCUAAGAUUGAGAAAGCAUUACUUAAUAAACCAACACUUGUGGUUCUUGAUGGUGUCGAUAACUUUGAGCAGGUAGAUGUGUUGAUUGGCACAAAAGGUUUUCAUCCAGGAAGCAAGAUUAUAUUAACAACCAAAGAUGGGCCGUUAACAGAAAAAAGUGCAAUUUUUGGCAUAAAAGUACCUCCAAAACAUACAAAGCAUGAACUUUAUGGUUUAAGUGCUACAGAAUCUCUAAGACUUUUAUGUUGGCAUGCAUUCGGACAGUAUGAUCCUAAGGAAGGUUAUGAGGAAGAGGCAAUAAGAGCUUCAAAGUUUUGUGGAGGACAUCCACUCGCGCUUAAGGUUUUAGGUAGUUCCCUAAAUAAUGAAGAUGUGGGGACAUGGAGUGAGAUCUUUGAAAUGCUAGCGACGGGAGAAUUCCAUACUCAUGUACGCAAGGUACUCCAGAUUAGCUUUGAUUCUUUGCCAUUUGAAGAUUGCAAAGAAUUGUUUAAGCAUAUUGCAUGUUUUUUUGUUGGAAAAGAUAGAGAAGUUACUGAAACAAUAUUAAAGGAAUGUGGUAGUCGCACAUCAUAUGGGAUCAAAAAGCUCAUCGAUAGAUGUCUUCUCACGAUUGGGGGAAGAAAUGAGUUGAGGAUGCACCAAUUGCUUCAAGAGAUGGGGAGAGAUUUAGUUCGCAAGGAAUCACCUGAGAAGCCAUGGAAACGUAGUCGUGUAUGGAAUCAUGGAGAGUCGCUUAAUUUGUUGAAAGAAGACAAGGGUACAGGAAAGAUCCAGGGUCUUGUCCUUGACAUGAAAAUGUUGGAGAAAGAACCUUUACGGGGAUUAAGUGUUCCAGGGCAUGAAUUGGAAGACAAUGAUCCAAACAUGAUUUUUGGAAUAGGCCCAUCAAACCAUAGCAUUCUAAAGCUCCCAUCUUCUCAUUGCAAGAAAAUUGAAUUGAGAACAAAUGCAUUACGGAAGAUGGAUAAACUAAAUCUACUCCAACUCAAUCAUGUAAAGCUCAAAGGAUCCUACAAGAAUUUUCCAGAAGGUUUAAGAGGAUUGUGUAUGCAUGGCUUCCAAUUGAAAUACAUACCUUCAGACUUACCGAUGGAAAAUUUGGUUGCUCUUGACAUGUCUUACAGUAAUCUCACACAGCUUUGGAAGAAACCAAAGAUUCUUGUGUCAUUAAAGAUUCUUAACCUGAGUUACUGCAAGUUUGUUAGAAUUGGUGGCUUCCCUGGGCUACCUGCGCUUGAGAGAUUGAUAUUAGUAGGAUGUGAAAAGUUGACAGAGGUGUGUGAAUCAAUUGGUGGAUGUGAUGAACUUGCUUUUCUUGAUAUGAGCUACUGCAAGGAGCUUCAAAAGAUUCCAAGCAGCAUCGGCAAGUUAAAGAAACUUAAAGUUCUAUCAAUAAACGGUUGCAUAGGCGCAAGUGCCUUUUCCAGUGAGAUGAAAGUGCUAAAUGCAGACGAUAUUAGCAUGAAAACUGAUAAUUCUUUCUCUUCGCUUACAAAUUGUAUACCAGCAAGUCCAAAAUCACUUUUGCUUUCGUUGGCUCCAUCAUUACUAUCCUUGUCACUUAAAAAUAAUAAUUUACGGACUGAAUCCUUUCCAAAAGACUUUAGUAGCUUGUCGAAGCUGAAGGAAUUAUAUUUAGAUCGAAAUCCAAUUGAUUCUUUGCCUGAUUGUGUGAGAAGCCUUAUCAGGCUCGAUAAACUCAGUCUUACAGGAUGUUCAAAGUUAACAUCAGUUUGCUGCCCCAUAAUUAGUACACUCAGAGAUUUGCGCGUGGAUGACUGUCAAUCACUUGUUAAAGUAACAUUUCAUCCAGUAAAGCAAAAUCCAGAUAUUUGUAAUUACCUUAUGUCAGAUUCGGUAACUGAAGUUGAAGGGCUAAUCAAAAUCCAAGAUUUAGCGCAAAUUGAUGAAAAGAUACUAUGCAGUUUAGGGUGGACAAAUUUACAGCACGUGAAAUAUCUCGAUCUAAACAUCUGGAAUUCCGAUUCAUGGAUAAGUGUAAAGAAACUUCCGAUCCAGAUGUAUUUUGAAUUUGGAAUAUUCAGCACAUGUUUUCCUGGGGAAGAGCUUCCAAAUUGGUUUGGUAACAGAAGCCCUGGAUCAUCAUUAUCAUUUACUAUUCCAUCAUCUCCAGUGAAUAAAAGUCUUCAGGGAUUAAAUAUAGGCUUUGUGCAUAUGUUUCCGGGUACAGGACGGGUUAGUGUUUUAGGGAUAAAAGUAAGGAAUGUGACAAAAGAUCGCAGCUGGACAUAUUAUGGUGUUGUAUUUGCUAUUCAAACAGCGAAUGGAGGUUUAGUUUGGUUAAGCCAUUGGAUGUUUGCUAACAACGAGCUUGAAGCUGGUGAUGAAGUUAGUAUUAACAUAAUAGAUGAUGAGGAAGAAGAUGUAGAGCAGGAUGGUGUAAUAGUAACGGAGUGUGCAAUAAGCCCUGUAUACACUACUGGAGACAAAGAAGAAGAUCCGUUGGGUUAUUACAAGUCAUGGAAAGUCAUGAUAUGUAUAUGGGGUUUUGCGAUAACAAGUGAAAGAGAACUAGAAAGCCUUCCGCAGCCAUUGUAUCUGAAUCCAGCAGAAAAGAGAAUAUCUUGUUUAGACAUUUUGAUGUAAAAAGAGCAUUGCUUUAAAUAAGAACCAUGUUCAUUUUCAUAUGCACAUUAGGUGUUUGGUAAAAGUUCUCAACCAUAUCUUUGUUACUUGUGGUAUUGAUAUUGCUAGUUUUAAAUAUUGGGAUCGAUCGAUGUUGAAUAUUUGGCAGGAGAUGGUAUGUACAAACUUGUUUCUAUCACUGGAAACUUGUAUUCAUCACAAUUGUCCAGGUUUGUUGGUUGUUUAACCUUGUAUAAUGC